AUGAUAACAUUCAAGUCUACCAAUAACAAUGCUGCAACAGCAACACAUAACCUGAUAUUACAACAUAAUACAAUAGAGAGGAAGACAAACAAGUUCAUUGAAUCAAAUACACGAGAUGAGAAGAAGUUACGCAAACAUCAACAAUCACAGUCACAUGAACAUGAGCAUGAUCAAACACAUCAAUCACAUGAUCAAUCACAACUUGAACCACAACAUCGAGAGCAGCAACAACAACUGAAACAAACUCAACAACCUCAGAACAACACUACAGAUAACAAGAAGAAGACAACGACAUCAUCAACAACAACAAAGGAUGGAACAUCAAUGAUUGGAUCAGGCAUAUACAACUGCUUGAACUAUAUGUAUCAAUCAAUCAAUGACUGGCUGUAUAUUAAGAACUUCAACUUCUUCUGCUCGGUUCUGCGGUGUGGAGCAGUGCCAAGACAUAUUGGCGUCAUCAUGGAUGGAAAUAGGCGAUUCGCGCGACGUGAGCACAUCGAGUUGUACAACGGACACAAGAUGGGCUUUGCCAAGAUGCUGGACAUGUGUCAGUGGGGACUGGCCCUCGGCGUCCAGAUCAUCAGUGUCUACGCCUUCUCAAUAGAGAACUUCAAGCGACCCAAGAAGGAGGUGGACGAUCUCAUGCAGCUGGCCAACGAGAAGUUUGAAGAGAUGCUCUGCAAGACACACAAGCUACAAAAGAUGGGCGUGCGCAUAAGAGUCGUUGGCGACCUUACCCACAUACCCGAGAAGACCAAGAUCAUCCUUGCCAAGGCUGUCAAGGCAACAGAAUCAAACACAAAAGCCCUACUCAACAUAUGUAUGUCCUACACAUCACACGAGGAGAUGCUACACUCAAUGAAGACCUUAUCCAAAGGUGUACAGGACAAUGUAAUUUUAACAGAGGAUAUCGAUCAGAGUCUAUUUGAGAAGUGUUUAUAUAUCGAAGAGGACCUGGACAUAUUGGUACGAACAUCUGGCGAAUAUAGACUAAGCGACUUUAUGCUAUGGCAGUCAUGUUACAGUAGCUCCAACUUCCUCAAGGUGCUUUGGCCAGACUUCUCAUGCUUCCACUUCUUCUACAUCAUCUUCCUGUAUCAAUCCAACUAUCGCAUGGUCAGCGAGCGUCAAAAGAGAAAGACGCUGCAGCAACAGGCCAGUGCAGCAGCAGGUUCCAACUCUGACAACAACGACCGUGUCAGAGAGUUUAUCGAUAUGCUUCGCAAGAGUGAGCAGGACAUGUUUGAAGAAAUGUCCAAAUGCGAUCCAAGCGAGCACAGUGGCGUGGACGACCCGCCCAAGACCGCCUAA